GAUCGCGCCCCCGCGCCGCGCCGCGCCGCGCCCCGCCCCGCCCCGCGCGCCCCGCCCCGCCCCGCGCGCCCCUCCCCGCCCCUCUCCCGGGCCGCCGAGGGGCCGGGCCGGGACUGCGCGCUCGCCCGCCGCGCUCUGGGCCGCCCGAGCGAGCGGCCGGUCCUCGCGCCCCGCGCGCCCCGCGCCCCGCCGCCGCCGGCUUUUGUUGUCUCCUCCUCCCCUGCGGCCGGCGCCUCUGGACCGCGAGCCGAGUGCGCCGGGACCUUGGCUCUGCCCUUCGCGGGCCGGGGCUGCGCGGGCCCGGCCGGGGGCGCCGCCGGCCCCGCCAUGGAGCUCCGGGCCCGAGGCUGGUGGCUGCUGUGCGCGGCCGCCGCGCUGGCCGCCUGCGCUCGCGGGGACCCUGCCAGCAAGAGUCGGAGCUGCGGCGAAGUCCGCCAGAUCUACGGGGCCAAGGGCUUCAGCCUGAGCGACGUGCCCCAGGCGGAGAUCUCGGGUGAGCACCUGCGGAUCUGCCCCCAGGGCUACACCUGCUGCACCAGCGAGAUGGAGGAAAACCUGGCCAACCGCAGCCGGGCCGAGCUGGAGACCGCCCUCCUGGACAGCAGCCGAGCCUUGCAGGCCACCCUCACCAGCCAGCUGCGGGGCUUCGACGAUCACUUCCAGCGCCUGCUGAACGACUCGGAGCGGACGCUGCAGGAGGCCUUCCCCGGCGCCUUCGGAGAGCUGUACACGCAGAGCGCCAAGGCCUUCCGGGACCUGUACGCCGAGCUGCGCCUCUACUACCGCGGCGCCAACCUGCACCUGGAGGAGACGCUGGCCGAGUUCUGGGCCCGCCUGCUCGAGCGCCUCUUCCGGCAGCUGCACCCCCAGCUGCUGCUGCCCGACGACUACCUGGACUGCCUGGGCAAGCAGGCCGAGGCGCUGCGGCCCUUCGGGGAGGCCCCGCGCGAGCUGCGCCUGCGCGCCACCCGCGCCUUCGUGGCGGCGCGCGCCUUCGUGCAGGGCCUGGGCGUGGCCGGCGACGUGGUCCGCAAGGUGUCCCAGGUGCCCUUGGGCCCUGAGUGCUCAAGGGCCGUCAUGAAGCUGGUGUACUGCGCGCACUGCCUGGGGGUCCCUGGCGCCCGGCCCUGCCCGGACUACUGCCGCAACGUGCUCAAGGGAUGCCUGGCCAACCAGGCCGACCUGGACGCAGAGUGGAGGAACCUUCUGGACUCCAUGGUGCUCAUCACUGACAAGUUCUGGGGCCCGACGGGUGCGGAGAACGUCAUUGGCAGCGUGCACUUGUGGCUGGCAGAGGCCAUCAACGCCCUCCAGGACAACAAGGACACACUCACGGCCAAGGUCAUCCAGGGCUGCGGGAACCCCAAGGUGAACCCCCAGGGCCCGGGGCCUGAGGAGAAGCGGCGCCGGGGCAAGCUGGCACUGCAGGAGAAGCCACCCUCGGGCACGCUGCAGAAGCUGGUCCCCGAAGCCAAGGCCCAGCUCCGAGAUGCCCAGGACUUCUGGAUCAGCCUCCCAGGGAUGCUGUGCAGUGAGAAGUUGGCCAUGAGCUCAGCCAGUGACGACCGCUGUUGGAACGGGGUGGCCAAGGGCCGGUACCUCCCCGAGGUGAUGGGCGAUGGCCUGGCCAACCAGAUCAACAACCCCGAGGUGGAGGUGGACGUCACCAAGCCAGACAUGACCGUCCGCCAGCAGAUCAUGCAGCUCAAGAUCAUGACCAACCGCCUUCGCAGCGCCUACAAUGGCAACGACGUGGACUUCCAGGAUGCCAGUGAUGACGGCAGCGGCUCAGGCAGCGGCGAUGGCUGCGCAGACGACGCCUGCGGCCGGAGGGUCAGCAAGAAAAGCUCCAGCUCCCGGACGACCCUGACCCACGCCCUCCCCGGCCUGUCGGAACAGGAGGGCCAGAAGACCUCGGCCGCGCGCUGCCCCCAGCCCUGCCUGUGCCUCUUGCUCCUCCCUGUCCUCGCCCUGGUCCUCGCAGCAUCCAGGCCCCGGUGGCGGUAACUGCCCCUGAGGCCGAGGCCAAGGACUGACUUUGCCAAAACUCAGAACAGACGAUAUUUAACUUCCUCGCCCUAGUGGCUCCGGGGCGGCACAGGAAGGGACAGCCAGGGACCGCGGCUCUGUGACUGUGCUUGGGGCAGGGUGAGGUGGCACCGGUCCCCCAGGCCUGGCUUUGCCUGCCACCCUGGGUUUUAAUUUUGUAUGAGGCCCUCAGGUCAGCCAGGAACAGUGUCCCCAAAAGCCAUGCAUUUCAGGGACCCCGGGGUCGCUGGUGGCCAUCUCCCCCCAGCUUCCCUGCACCAUUGCAGCAGCACCCAGGCUGGUGAGGAGGCCGCGCGGAGCAGUGUCCUGCUGGAGCUGAGCCCACGCCUUCCUCACCGCCCCCGGGGCCCUUGGGGCUCCAGGUGUCUGAAAGCCAGACCCUCCCCUCAGGUCCUGAGAAGGUCCUAUGCAUGAG